GAGAGGGCUCUGUAACUCCUGGGCAAUUUCACGCUUAAAAAUAGUAAUCAUUAAUUCAUGCUGGAUUGAUUAUGGAUCUAUACUGAAUAUUACUUAUUGGCUAGCUGUGUAGCCCAACCAGUUCAACAUGAGUGUGGGAGUCACUCGUACUUUACAGCAGCGAAAUGAGGGAACCGUUAGACAGCAAAGACCAUACGACUAUCUAUAUGAUACAGUAUGCACCCUGUCCAGUGAAACGGAUCACGCGCGGCAACGCUUCAGGGCCCUUGCGUCAGUGGAGCGAGUGAAGAAGGUUCCAGAGUAUACGAGCAUGUUUAGUGACCUGCCCCAUCACCCGUGCUUAGCGCUUUGUUUGGAUGCAACUGACCCGGGGCCUGCCGUCAUCAAAGGCCGCUGGCGAGGCCACGGGGAGCAGCGACUAGCAGGGUCAUCAGUUAAGCUUCAUGGCAGUGCUGGUGACCGCGAUAUUUUGGGUGUGGAUCGAUGGAAGUAUUUCAGUCGUCCCCUGAUUCCCUUUACCCAGCAGGUUCCUCCUGAUGUAAUGUUUGCGAGACCAAGAAGCAGUCCACACUCAAACACUGAUGAGGCUGGGAAACAGCCGCCAGGUAUUUCUCAGCGCACGGUAGAGACCCAGACAGACUAUCGUGACAGUGAAGCGCAGACUGACCCCUACUCCCCCCAGUAUGUGGUCUGUCCCAGGAUGGCCUCUGAGCUCCUCACCGUAGCUGCGCUGACCUGGGGUGACGGUCUCCCCGCGGGUCUUGCAGAGGUGGAGGUGAUCAAAAGGGUUCGGAUGAAAAGGGCGUGGGAGGCCCAGCUCCCAGCCCUCAAUGACCUCACCCAGCUGGACAAGAGGAAGAGGAUGAUGGAUGAGAUGGAGAGGAAAGAGUGGGCCUGUAGAGAGAGUGAGAUCCAGAAGUUGCAGGAGCAGCGUCUGGACCUGCUGAGGAAGCUGCUAUGGCAGAGAGAGGAAAAGAAGGCGGACACCACUGUCAAGCGCCUGAACGAGCAAUUCUCCCAGCGCCAGCAGGAUAAGGACACCAAGCUCCAGAAGAUUCACAAAGAUUAUAUUGUCUCCAUCAGGAAAUUGACAGAGAAGAGGAGAAAGGUGGAAGGGAAGCUGGAGAGACGUGACAUCAUCAAAGAUCACGUAUCACAGAUUUGUGCGCCGCUCUCCCAAAUGGACCAGUUUUCUGACUGGGAGUUCAAGCAGAGUGUGGCCAAGAACUGGUUUCUCAACACCUACGAAGGUUUGCUGACACUGGAGGCUAGCCUGCCUGCCUCUGUCAUAGAGCUUUCUAUCCAAGCCCCCAAACCAAAAACCUCUAAAGGGUUUGUAAAGCAUGCCACUCGCCAGGAGGUGGAGCUGAUGAAGACACACCAGGUACUAAAGGAAAAGAAGACACAGGUCAAACAGAAGAAGCCACUCCAAUUCCUCUAUAAGACUGACAAGCCCAUCCCUCAUCCUCCAACUCCAGAAAUUAAGGCCCCACCUGAGGGGGAUGAGGCAAAGGAGUUGGCUAUUAUUUAUCUACAGAAACUGUUGCAGGGAAGGUCCAUUCAGAACAUGAUGUUCGAGGGGAAGGAGAAGCGUUUGGAGCUGAUCCAGGAGCUGCGCACAACUCACACACUGCAGAGGGAGGAGCAGGAGAAGCAGAAGGUGCAGAGACGGGUUACACUGGACCUGCAGAAACAGAGAGAGCUGCACAACCACAUGGUGUCAGCGGUGGAGGGUUACCAGUCGGGUGUUUCAGGCAGCGUCAUGGCUGACAUGCUGGACUUCCUAUCGAAGGAGCUGGUACGGCUGCAGGAGGAGCGGCGGAUCCAUGCCUUCACCCUGCUGGCAGAGCGGGAGCGGUGCAGGAGAGAGGCAGAGGAGAGCGGCCGCAGGCAGGUGGAGGAGCGGCGCCGGCGGGAGGAGGAUGAGAUCUUCAGGCAGGUGGUCCAGGUGCAUCAGGAGACAGUGGAUCAGUACCUGGAAGACGUCAUCCUUAGCACCAUUAAGAAGACCGCUGAUGACCAGGCCAGAGAGGAGAUACGCAGGGUGGCCAGAGAGAUCAACAACAUCGCCUAUACCAUAGAGGAAUCUCGGACUACCCUGCAGUCAGAGGAAAUUGUUGCAGAUCUGGUGUACAGCUUCCUCAUCCCUGAGGUACAGAAGAGAGCUGUGAGGGACAGAGUGAAGCAGAGCCAACAGAUACAUCUCCUGGCUGUGCGCCACAUCAUCCAUGGAGUGAUGGAGGUAGUUAUCAGCCCUCCUCUCAGAACCCCAAGGGUGCAGACACACCCACAGAGAGCCUCGAACAGUGCCCCUCAUUCUCAGGACCCCCAGGUGAUUCCUGGAAGACCCGAGCAACUGCGUGAGGAGGAGGACCCUAGCUCUGGGAGAGGUGCGGGAGGAGAGCGAAGAGAAUGAGGCCAGUGGAGGAACCACAUAGUGAGACAGCCUCUCCUUCAGUUUGGAGAGCUACACUCUACACAGGUGUUUUUCCCUCGGUAAUAACUUGAGGAAACAAUGCAUUUGCUGCCUUUUUCAGCAGUGGCAUAGGAUGCUGCUGGGGUUUCAAUAAAGAAAAUAAUGUGAAAAAACUUUAUGAAUUGGUUUUUAGUUAUUUCAGUUAGUUCAUUCAGCUUCAAUUUAUUAUGUGAGUUUUCAGAAGUAAUGUUAUACCUCUAAAAUCUCUAAACUUCUAAAAUUAUUUAAUGUAAAGCACAUGUACUAUUCUGUUUCAAAUACAUGCUGAUUAAGUAUGACUCAACAGUUAUAAAGUGACUCCUGGUAUCUAUUUUACUGAUUUUAGUAUUUCCUAUAUAUGUGUAUAUACGAGAUUAAUUAAGAAAAAAUAAAAUUAAACUGAAUGACCUUUUAAUGGGAUCUAAUCAGCCCUUUCUUUUUGUUCCUUCUUGUCUGAACUGUCUCUUAACUGAUGACUUCAAUCAUAGUUAACAUUCCCAUUAGAGUCAGUGUCUUCGUUAGAUAGACCCCCCCCCCCAGUCUUCUCUAUGAUCCAUUGUAUCUGUCAUUAAUGUGGUGCAUGGUGACUUCAGAUACAUUUAGGGUUUAUUCCUUAUUGGGGUUAUAGGUGGCUAUCACACCUUUUUACAAUGGGGACGUCAGGGGUGAAACUUUUGAAACACCUCUGAUGAAGUCAGUGUACCCUCUGUGUGCAGCCUCUGUACAUGGAUUAAAAUUCACAGACAAGGAUUUCCUGGUGUAACCUGACCAAGUGGAGAGGCAAAAUACCCAACUGGACUGCACAACGUACUGAGGUGGACAAUACAACACGAUAAAUUGGAUGCUCUCUUAUGUAGUUCUGAUGUGGUAAGUGGUUACAGGUGACAUCCAUGGGUUGGGUAAUGUCUGUGUUUCAUAAUAAUUGUGUUAGUAAACUUUUUAGAAGGCAUAGGACUCACUAUGAUCAAACUGGACGAAAUUCACUGAACAAGAUGUACUGAAAGAAGUGAACAAGAUUCACUGAACGAGGUGUGCUGAAAGACUUCACAAACUGGAAGAAGUAAACAAAUCAAUAGUGACUCUGAACUGCAGCAGACCCAAACAGUCAUGACCUGAAAGAACUGGAUCAACAAACUGUAGGCACUGAAUGAGAAUCAAAGUAUUGUGCACUGAUUUCUACAGUGAUUGGAGGUGUUUAUGUCCAAUGAUUCUACUAGUUCUGGAAUGCUGCCUGGACAGCAGCCUGCUCUAAUGCAAAUUUUCCUCCACUCAAGGUCAUUUUUUGGAUUUCUAUAGGCUGAUGUCAUUGUCACUCAAAGCAUAUUGGUUGCAUGACUGUUGAGUCACACGAACGAAUCUUUUAUUUGUAACCCUCCCACUAAGCUGACUUUUACAUACAUGUAUUAUUGCGCCCCACUACCAU